AUGGAUUCUAAGUACCAAGCUGAUUCGCCGUUGGAAGAGCAAUGGAUCUCUGAUUUGCUUGCCAAGUCGGCUCCAAUGACCACCACCAACAGCUUAACGGAGGCACUCAACUUUGAAAUGUCGGCCUUUGAGCCAUACCCAAUCACCUCGGAGUUCUCCAGUCUAUUGGACAACGACGAGAGUAUUUUCAGUGGCUCUUCCAGAUCUUCGACGGUCUCCAGCACCCCUCCUAUCAAGGAAGAGGAGGAUGUGGAUGUUGCUGCCCCCCACAAGACUAAUUUAUUGGACGGAGUGAGUGCUAGAUUACAAUUGAUGCAGAGAAGCAAUGACUUGACUCCCAAGGCAUUGGAGUCGAUCUUCGACACCAAGGACGUGUUGAAGGAUGCUGCUGAUGGACAAGCUGGACUUGUGUCACAGAAACUUGCCACACAUAGCCAUCCCGAAACAGCCACUUCACAACCAAAGAGAAAGAGAUGUUCUAAGAGAAGACUUACCGAUACCCAGAAAGAGGCACAUAAUAAGGUUGAAAAGAAGUACCGUGUUAAUAUCAACCUGAAGAUUAACAGCUUGCAGACGAUUAUCCCUUGGUUUGCCAAUGGAAACGAAGUUUGUAUGGACAUGAAGGUGAACAAGUCGGUUAUAUUAGAGAAGGCCUUUGACUACAUCGUUUAUUUGAAGGCUGAAAAUGCAAACUUGAAAAGUCGUCUCGGGCAGUCGACAUGA